AACACUACCAUUUUCUUUUCAUUUUCAAAUAUUCUCUGCGUUGAAUCACUUCAAAUUCAAAAUAAGAUUCAACGCCCUUUCAAUUGAAAAAAGAUCAAAAAAACAAAAUCUUCUUGAAUAAAUGGAUACUGAUACCGACAUAGAAGAGGGUAUCAACGAUCAAAGAGACAGGGCGGCAGCCGGAGACCGAGACUACCAACAACCGCUAGCGGCACCACUAAUCGAGGCGGCAGAGCUAGCCAAAUGGUCGUUCUAUAGAGCUAUCAUAGCAGAAUUCGUUGCCACCGGUUUGUUUCUUUACAUUACAGUUUCAACCGUCAUUGGUUACAAGAGAUCACAAAAUGACUCCACCAAGAAUACUCCCGGUUACUGUGGUGGCGUUGGCCUUCUUGGCCUUGCAUGGGCUUUCGGUGGCAUGAUAUUUGUCCUUGUUUACAACACCGCUGGCAUCUCCGGUGGACAUCUGAACCCUGCGGUGACGUUUGCCCUACUAUUGGCUAGGAAGGUGACUAUCCCAAGGGCCAUUAUGUACAUCUUGGCUCAAUGUUCAGGUGCAACGUGUGGGUGUUGGUUGGUUAAGGCUUUUGAAAAGACUUAUUAUAUGGUCAAUGGUGGUGGUGUUAAUGAGCUGCAACAUGGCUAUGGUCGACUCACCGCGUUAGGGGCUGAAAUUAUUGGCACUUUUAUCCUUGUGUAUACAGUACUCUCCACCACCGACCCAAAGAGAAAUGCUCGUGAUUCCCAUGUUCCUGUAUUGGCACCAUUGCCUAUCGGAUUUGCUGUUUUCAUGGUUCACUUAGCCACAAUCCCAAUAACCGGAACCGGAAUCAACCCAGCUCGUAGUUUUGGGCCAGCGGUGAUGUACAAUGAGAAAGAAACGUGGAAUGAUCAUUGGCUUUUUUGGGCCGGACCGAUGAUUGGAGCAGCUGGAGCGGAAUUUUACUAUGAACACAUUUUACGAGCACAUUUAACGUUGUAUCGCCACCACCAUCAUAUUACCCGACGUUGACGAUUAUAGAUUUUGGAUGGAUGAGGAUUUAGUUUUAUUAUUUUGAUUAACGAAGUGACGUUAUUCAUACUAGGAUUUGAUGUUGUAAGUUUUGUUUUAAAUAAUAACUUUUGUAUUUGUGUGUUUGGAACUUUUUUGUUGCAAUUACAAUCGCCAAAUCGAACCUUUUUAACGACGAGUACUCGAA